AUGAACAUCACGGAGGUGGAAGAACACAUCACUCUGAAGUAUGAAAUCAAGAGAAGACUUGGGAAAGGGGCAUAUGGAAUUGUUUGGAAGGCGGUGGACAGAAAAACAGGAGAGACUGUUGCUGUGAAGAAAAUCUUUGAUGCCUUUAGGAAUCGAACAGAUGCUCAGAGAACAUUCAGAGAAAUUAUGUUCCUUCAGGAGUUUGGGGAUCAUCCUAACAUAAUUAAAUUACUGAAUGUCAUCAGAGCCCAAAAUGACAAAGACAUUUACCUUGUGUUUGAAUUCAUGGACACAGACCUACAUGCAGUAAUAAAGAAAGGAAGUCUAUUAAAAGACAUUCAUAAGCGUUAUGUUAUGUACCAGCUUCUUAAAGCCACAAAAUACCUUCAUUCAGGCAAUGUCAUUCACAGGGACCAAAAGCCAUCCAACAUCUUACUAGACUCAGACUGCUUUGUGAAGCUGUGUGACUUUGGCUUGGCAAGAUCCCUGUACCAGAUCCAAGAGGAUGCUGUGAAUCCUGCCUUGACAGAGUAUGUUGCAACUCGAUGGUACAGAGCCCCUGAAAUUCUCUUGGGAUCUAGUAGGUACACAAAAUGUGUAGACAUGUGGAGCAUAGGUUGCAUUCUGGGGGAGAUGCUUCUGGGCAAGCCUCUCUUCCCCGGGACAUCUACCAUUAAUCAAAUAGAAAAAAUCAUGAGCGCCAUUCCACAUCCUUCUACAGAGGAUGUGUUGGCCAUCAGAUCAGAAUAUGGGGCUUCUGUGAUUCAGAGAAUGCUGCUUAGACGGCAGGUGCCAUUAGAUGAAAUUCUGCCAGCAUCAGUGCGACCUGAUGCCCUUGAUUUAGUGCAGCGCCUGCUGGUUUUCAAUCCAGACAAGAGACUGAGUGCAGAGGAAGCUCUGCAGCACCCAUAUGUGUCCAAAUUUCACAACCCAGCCAGAGAGCCUAGCUUGGUCUAUGAUGUCAUUUUGCCAGUGGAUGAUGACAUCCAAAUUUCUGUUACUCAGUACCGAAACAAACUCUAUGAGAUGAUCCUGGAAAAAAGGGCUAGUCGGCAAAUGCAUAAACAAUCUCAUUUCAGACAGAAAUCAGAGGAGAAGACUGCAGAAGGGAAUGGGGACAGUGAAAUGGACAAAAGCAAUGAAACAAAUGGUUUAGUCAAACCGCACCACUACACAUCUCAUCCUCAGCGGAUUGGGAGGAGGAAUCAAGAUACUGGAGGUGUACUGCCAACAGAUGGUGCUAAUGGGUCUGUGGGUGUAGACCAGCGAGGUCGUUCCACCCCUGUGGCACGCACAAGCUCUUUCUCUCUCACACUAGCACAGACCCCAAAUAAUCCCCUGCUUUGCAAGGAUGAACACAUUGUUUCUCCUGGGUUAUGUGUCACCUCUGCUCGCUUGAACCAGCGGUCUAAUUUGCAUUCACGUGAUGCCAAGCUUCCUUCAAAGUUCAGCAAGAAGGUGUUCCAGAGUAAUUCGAAUGUUUCUGCAGCCGGUGAUCCUCGCGCCAAACUAGGCAGCUAUUCUCAGGCGUAUGGGACUAUCAGCAAAAGCGGAUUGGAUCUUUUUAGGAAUUGCCACUAAGGUGUGAAGUGUGAGAUUCGUGGAGAGAUCACGAGGCAGGUAGACGGUCAUUGGAAUCUCCCAGAUCAAAUAGAAAUGGUGGAUUUCACAUGACAAGCUAAUUACACCAUCAUCACAUGCUUUGAAGAUUAUCGCCAUUGUGGAAAUCCCAGAUUAGU